UUUCUUUACUUAAAUAUAAUAUAUUUUGUGAGCUAUAUAAGUGACUCCAAAUAAAACAUUUAUUUUUUGUUGUUGCUAUUAUUGAUUUCUCAGCAAAAAAAACUGUGACCUAAUAUAUAUAUAUAUAUAWUUUUGUCAAUACAUUUACAAUACAGUAUAUAUCAAUCGUCUCGUCUUAACAGUUAUAAAAUUCAUAAUAUUAUAUAUAUAUAUAUAUAAAAUAUUAUACAAGUAUAUUGUGUUAACAACAGUUCUGAAAAAAUAGUUAUAUAUUUGUGAGAGAAAGAGAGAGAAAAAAUAAAGUAAUAAAAAAAAAGGAAAAGUAGUCUUAAAGCACAGUCAUGUCAGCCCAUCCAUUGACCGGUGAUCACGAAGACGACUACGAAGAUGUCGAGGAAACGAAAAACGAUAUUAAGACAAACAAAUGUGGUCCAAUCAGCGUAUAUGUCCAGGGCAACAUUAAUAAUAUUACAUUAACCACUCCCGUUUUUAUGACUGUCCACGAUCUGGGAACUAAUCAUACCGAGUUUCACAAGCUUGUUGAGCACCCAUGUAUGGCCAAAUUGAAGGCCCGUUCCGUUUGGUUGCACGUGGAGAUACCCGGCCAAGAGUUUGACGCACCCGAUCUGCCCGAGUCGUUGGAAUUUCCGUCGAUGGACACACUGGCCGAGGAACUGGUUAAUGUCCUCAACUAUUUCAAUAUUAAAUAUUGCGUGACGUUGGGUGAGGGCGCCGGUGCCAACAUAAUAGCCCGUUUUGCGAUAGCACAUCCCGAUCGAGUAUUGGGCAACAUAUUGAUUCACCCGACACCAAAUGUCGAGGGUGUUAUGCAAUACUUUCACGAUAAGAUGAUGACCUGGCGCUUGAACACACUGGGCAUGAACUCGGCAGCGGAACAGUAUCUGGUUUUCCACAAGUUUGGAGCGCACGAAAACAUACAAAACAGAGACCACGUUAUUAAAGACUACAUACAGAAGCUUUACAGUCGUAUGAAUCCCAAGAAUCUAAGACUUUAUGUCGAGUCGUUUCUGGCUCGUACCGAUUUGACACCGCAAUUGAAGGACAAGAUGAAAGUGGACACAAUGUUGUGCUCCGGUUCCCGUAACUCUCACUCCCAUCAAGUCGAUCAAAUGCAGGCGGCUAUGGACCCAAAGUUGACUACACGGGUCAAAUUGGACGACUGCGGUGAUGUCCUACAGGACACACCCGAGGCUUUUGCCUAUGAUUUGCUGCUCUUUUGCCAGGGAUUAGGACUCUUUUCGGCUCUUCCAGUGUCACGUCACGGAUCUAUCUGUGCCUAAACUACUGGUGCUGUGCUUUAUUGUCUGUUCUGUACUGUUCACUGACUAAUUGUAUUAGACAAUUGAUGUGAUGAACACAAUAUAUAUAUUUAUGAAGAAAUUCAAUCACUUAAAAAAAGUGUGAUUUAAAUUAGAGUAAAUUAAGCCAUGUUUUAUUUUCUAUUAGUUUGCUAACAAUUUAUAUACAAUACCUGGCUAAUUAUAUUGAUUUUUUAGUUAUAUUACCAAUGUACUAUUUGAUAGUUAUCUAAAUAUAAGUAGCUAAAUAGUCAUAUAAUACAAUUUUCUAAUAAUGACACAAUAUUUU